AUGGGAUAUGCCGCUGCACCGUCUUCGAGUGACGGAUUUCAAACCAACCACUGGCGCCUCUCCAACAAGUUGAUGAGACUAGCCGCGGAGAAAGCUGCCAGACCAGCCUUAGCGGCUGAAGACAAGGCGCCGUGCCGUGACGGCGAGGUACCAUGUAUCUGUGCGACCGGGCGUCUGGCGCCCUUGGUGCUGGUCGUCAAUGAAGCUGUGAGCCGGCCAGGCCUUCGAAUGUCUGAUGCGCUCGGCAAUGUGGGCGUUUUCUUCUCAAGGCAUCAAUGGCUCGCGCAAGUACACCUGAAGUGCCUGGCUAUCAGUAGAACGCCGUAUCAUGUCCGGGUAGGUUAUUGA